AUGAAAGAUAUCUUUGAAUUUAACCAUAUAGAUAAAUCUCUGUCAGAAUCAGACGUCAAAACUCUCAAAGACUUUUAUAGUCACUAUCAUAAGAAAUACUGGUGUUUUAAAAAGUGUUAUAAGAGUUACAAAUUUCUUGAUGAAGUUUUUACAAUCUCUGGAAUAUGCCUGGUUGCAAUAGGAACUAUUACUGGUGGUAUUACACUAAAUCCUGUUGUUCUAGGAGUUGUAAAUGGCGCUGGGGUUAUAGUAGCGGGAAUUGGAAAGAAAAAGAAUUAUAAGAGAAAAAUUGAAAUGUCAAGAAUUGCAUUUACUACUUAUGAAAAAGUACUAGUUGAACUUCGUGCAGCUCUUAGAGGUGAUGAGUGGAAUAAAGAAGAUUUUGUUGAUCGUAUGAAACUAAUAGAUGAAAUGAUAAUUGAUCAAUCUCCUAUAGCAGAUAGAUUUGCUAGUAGGUAUAUUGAAAAAUUUAAUAUAAAAGCUUAA